GCCAAGAUGGCGGCGCCCGUGUCGCUGCAGGUGGAGUUCGGAGGUGGUGCAGAACUCUUGUUCGAUGGUGUCAAAAAGCAUCAAGUGACUUUGCCCUGUCAGCCAGAGCCUUGGGAUAUCAGAAACCUGCUAAAGUGGAUCAAACAGAAUCUGUUGAAAGAACGACCCGAAUUAUUUAUGCAAGGGGAAUCUGUGAGGCCAGGAAUUUUGGUGCUCAUCAACGAUGCAGACUGGGAACUAAUGGGUGAGCUGGAUUAUAAACUCCAGGACCAGGAUAAUGUGCUUUUCAUCUCGACAUUGCACGGCGGGUGAACUCCUGGAAAAACAAGAGGAUGUAAAUCCAAAUCCCUGGGCAAAAAAACCAAACAAAAACCUAAACCCACCCAAACCUCUCUUGAACUGCCUGUGCCCGGUCUCUGCAUCUUCCCACCGCGUUCACUUGUUACUAGACAUCCAAAUAAAGCCCUGCCAGCACGCGGCCUGCUGUCCACCACAACAGCAUCCAUCUUUUGGUCCUCAUUUCACCUCUCCUGACUGCACCUCCAGGUACCCUAAUGAGCAGAGAGCACCUGCAGCAUGUGGGACUUUGUUUUUCCAUGACGGGAGGAAGAGGGGUGCUGAACCUCAAGUAGAAUGAUGUGUCUUUGCAGGCAAUGAGGCGUUCUGGGGGAGAUGUGCCUGCUUUGGGGCAAGGCUGGGGUGCCUCUGCCUUGGUGCUGGAACUGGGAUUCUUUUAACACAAUACUUAGUGUUGGUACAGUCUGUGCCGCAGCUACGCGAAGGGCGAGACAUGAAGUGCAAGGAAACAAAAGGUUACUUUACUAGCUUUUCUGUGAGGUAGCGGACAUUACAGCUUCAGAGCCCUCUGUAGUGACUUUCCACUUGUGAUAUUUAUUUACGGGAAGUAGGAGAGAAAUAGGCUUUUUUGGUUUUGUUUUUCUGAUGCCUUAUGCCUCUUUCAUACCUGAGCUGAGGCAGGGUGAAGUACUGGCCCACGAACAAUGUCAAUUUAUAACCAUUUGGUUGGAGGGGAAACAGACCCAUGCCCGGCCUGAGACAGCACGGAGUGAUAAGGGCAGCAAAUUAUCUUUCUGUCACCGUGAUGGACAGAAUUGAUCAGCCUGCGUUGCGUUCUGUGCAGGUGGGGAGCGGUGGGGAGCUGCGUUGCUGCAGCCUGGCCGGGGAAGGGCUGGGGCUGGAGUUAAAGCGCAGAGACCUGGGAAAGAAAGUCAGUGGCUUUUAACCCUUUCCGUCAGUGGGAGGGGGAGGCUUCUUACUGCGUGCCCUGAGGAAGUCCUGUGAGCGCAGCGGAAGUGGGUGUGCGCGGCUCUGCUAGGGCACAGAUGCCGUUCGCUUUCCAGAAGUUUCCUCGGACAGACGGACUGGCCGGCCUGCCAGCCGGGAGGCCACAGCCAGAGCAGAGGGAAGGGGUCAGAGAGGAUAGCGUUGGCGCCAACAGGUCUGAAACAUGCUGCGUGAGCUUCUAGGAGCGUCCGACCAGGAUUGCCCUUCCUGCGCUCCCCCCUGCCCUGCUCACCUCCGUUUCGGCAGAGCUCUGGCAGCACGCGGUGGUCCCCGGCGGCAGCACUCCUGCCCGAGCAGCGGCUCUCCCGGGGCAGAGGGCUCGCCGGUGCCGUAAGCUCAAUCGGUGCACAUCUCAGAGCUGAUCUGCACCACGUACGGCUCGCCCUGUCCUCGAUCUCCGGGAGCUGCCGAGGAGGAGCUGGGAGGUGGUGAGCAGCGCAGUGCACCAGCCCCUGCUCGGGCAGCCUGGCCUGACACCCCGAGUGCUCCGUACAAGGAGCCUUUCCCAUCCGGCGCCUGACAGAGGAGUUACUCUGUCUGACGCGGAGGGAGUGCCAAAGAGUAAUUCUCCCGUCUGACUUCUCCGGUGACUCCUCUCUCAGGUUUACCCCACCACAACCUGCGUAGCUAAAAGCACCCAUGGACUACGAUGCUGCUGCAUCUGAGAAACCCUGACUUCAAGCCCACUGCUGGUAACGAACCGAUAUUCAGCCUUUUCCAAAUCCAGCCGCCGCGACUCGAGUCCAGCUUGCGCCGUUCAUAAAUGACACGGACGGGCCAAAGGCUCUUCUCUGUCCUGAGUUCACAGCCGUAAGCUUUGCUGGGCCGGGGGAGCGGAGAGGGGAUUCCAGGUGACGGAGCUGGCUGAAAAACAAUGAACCUGCGUGGCGUGCAGCUUGAAACAAACUUAAACCGAAGUGGGAAAAGGCAGGUUCGUCUUCAGCGCUGCUGCCGGCCCUGCCUCUACACUGCGUUUUUGCCUUAGGCUGGGCUUGUCUGUUCUUAUCCCCCCCAGCUGUUUGCUCACGAUAGGAUGAGUUCCUUCCCUGGGAGGUGUUAUUCCCCUCGCUAGCGCAGGUAGACCCAGAUGGCUUAGCUCCUGCUGUAGUAAAAGCUGCCAAUCAUUGCUAAAAAAAGCUAGAAAUGGGAAGAUGAGGGAAGCCAGGGGAGGGGAGAAGAGGAGUACAGCAAAAUCCUGUAACAACAACAACAACAAGUUUCUGAAAUA